GGACCGAGCGCAGCCCGGCCGGAUGUGAGUGGAGCGGCCGCUUCCUGUUUCCCCGCAGUCCUCCCUCUCCCCGCCUUGGGUGGUGGCCGCUGCCUCGUCCCGGCUUCCAGGCACAGGGCGGAGGCGGCUGCGACCUGGUGCGGAGACUGUCGCCGACUCCCUUCUCGCGCGGCCUUCCACGCACCGCUCAGCAGCAGGACCCGCCGCCGAGGCGCAGCCCCAAUGCAGGCCAUCAAGUGUGUGGUGGUGGGUGACGGUGCUGUAGGUAAAACAUGCCUACUCAUCAGUUACACAACCAAUGCAUUUCCUGGAGAAUAUAUACCCACUGUUUUUGACAACUACUCUGCUAAUGUAAUGGUUGAUGGAAAACCAGUCAACCUGGGCUUGUGGGACACAGCUGGUCAAGAGGACUAUGACAGACUACGUCCACUCUCCUAUCCACAAACAGAUGUCUUCUUAAUCUGCUUUUCCCUUGUCAGUCCUGCUUCCUUUGAAAAUGUCCGUGCUAAGUGGUAUCCUGAGGUGCGGCACCAUUGCCCCAACACCCCCAUCAUUUUAGUGGGUACCAAACUCGAUCUCCGGGAUGAUAAGGACACUAUUGAGAAGCUGAAGGAGAAGAAACUGACUCCUAUCACCUACCCACAGGGCCUUGCCAUGGCAAAAGAGAUUGGUGCAGUGAAAUACCUCGAGUGCUCCGCGCUUACGCAGCGAGGCCUCAAGACAGUGUUUGAUGAAGCUAUCCGAGCAGUUCUGUGCCCCCCUCCCGUAAAGAAGAGGAAGAGAAAAUGUCUGCUGCUGUAAAUGUUACCCUCCCCCAGCCCAGUCCCAACCUUGUGCUUUGCUCAGAACAAUGGAGCAUUCACACUUAAUGCCAAGUUUCUCUGUUUUAAAUUAGUUCUCUUCCAUAAAUUCUUGAACCAGUCAACAAUUUCAUGGUUUCAUUUGUUCAGAGUUACCUUGCAUUCUUCUCAAACUCCUGAAAAGACAAACCUAUGUAAAGCCUUAUUUUUAAAAUCCUGUUCUUGCUCAAUUAAGUGUUGCCAAACUAUCUGCUGAACUAAGUUGCAUUGUUGUGCUACCAACACUAAGCACUAAACCGUUUUUUAAAGAUUUUUCUUGAAGACGACUCUAAUUUCUGGUAGGAAAUGCAAAACCUUUCUAGUUUUUCACAGUAACUACCGUGUAAUUAGCAAGACACUGCACUCCAGCGUGUUUGAUUACAACCCACAGUCCUUGCAUAGUGUUGUGUAAUGACCCUAAAUCUUUGACGAUGACUGACACCCUUGAGUCACAGUGUAAAAUGCUUUAUCCUUGGUGAGGGCUUGGUUGCAAUCUAGUUCUUGCUGCUGUGAUUUAAACACAAUAAAUACCUGUUCUUACUGAAGUGUAUCUAGUCCUUUUGACAGCAUUCUCUCGUGAUGGGUAACUGAAACUCGCAUCAAUGAUAGUGCCAGACAGUAUUUUUACACUGUACAGCUGACUUACACUACACUGCCAGAGUAGCUGAAACUGAAUUGACUCUUGUUGCAGGUUAAAAUCAGGGACCAUUUUCCUCGAGGUGCAGUAGUGGAGGAGAGGCUGGCGUUCAUCCGCGAAUUCCUUUGACUUUCGAGCAGGGCAUUCAUUUAGGUACAGUUCCGAAGCAGUCAUUCCCACAGCUGUUGUGUAGUAAAUGCUUUUUGUGUAGGAUCUCUUCUUCCUGAGCAAUAUAACUUGUAUUUUUGAAACCUUUCUGAUGAUAGAGACUUGCUUUUUUCUUUUGUAGAGUAGCGUGUUCAAGCAUAUUCUCCUAAUUUUCCUGUUACUUCUGACCCAGUAAGUUAUAUGCUUUCUGAGGAGCUUUUAGUCUAUUAACUAGGUGUAAAAAUCAUGUGAAGCAGCUUUACACAUUUUAGGGUUGGGUUUUUUUUUCCUAUUUUAAACCUCUAUAAACUCUGAACCCUCUCAACUGUCACUCUUUGCCAGAUGUCCCCACCACUGUAACAUUACUAAUGCAGACAAGUGUUCUCGAUGUCACUACAUGUACAUGUGCAGCAUAGAUUGAGUAAUGGUAACUUGGGUCUGUGAGGUUCUGUAAAUUAGUGCUAAUGUUCUGUACACCUAAACUGGCAGGAAUACAAUGUUGGACUACACCCUUCCAACCACUACAGCAGAAUUGAAAAAGAAAAGUUGCAAAAUUGUGAAGUUUUUACAUUGAUCUUUUGCUAAUGCAAUUAGCAGUAUGUUUUGCAUGUAUGACUUAAUAAAUCCUUGAAUCACACGGGUGGUGGUCAUCUUUG